AUGAUUAAUCCUCCUGAUGCAGAUCGUAACGGAUCCAUCGUGAUCCGUGAGGUCUGGGCUCACAAUCUCGAAUCUGAAUUCAACCUAAUCAGCUCAAUCAUCGAAGACUUCCCCUUCAUCUCCAUGGACACAGAGUUCCCCGGCGUGAUCCACAAAGCCGAGCCAGCUCUCCUCCGCCGCGGAAACCCGAAUUACCUCUACAACCUCCUCAAAUCCAACGUCGACUCCCUCAGCCUCAUCCAAGUCGGUCUCACUCUCUCCGACGCCGACGGAAACCUCCCCGAUCUCGGCGACGACGAUAACCGCCGAUUCAUCUGGGAGUUCAACUUCCGCGACUUCGACGUCGAUCGCGACCCCCACGCGGCGGACUCCAUCGAGCUCCUCCGUCGCCACGGGAUCGAUUUCGAGCGUAACCGCACCGAAGGAGUUUCCUCAGAGCGCUUCGCGGAGCUGAUGAUGUCUUCUGGUUUGAUCUGCAACGAGUCGGUGGUGAGCUGGGUGACGUUUCACAGCGCGUACGAUUUCGGUUACUUGGUGAAGAUCCUCACGCGCCGGGAGCUUCCGAGUUCGUUGGGGGAGUUUCUGUGGCUGUUAAGGGCGUUUUUCGGGGAGAAGGUUUACGAUGUGAAGCAUAUGAUGAGGUUCUGCGAGAGGAGAUUGUACGGCGGUUUGGACCGGUUGGCUAAGUCGCUUGAGGUGAACCGGGCGGUUGGGAGAUGUCAUCAGGCCGGUUCGGAUAGUUUGCUGACGUGGCAGGCGUUUCAGAGGAUGAGGGAUUUGUAUUUCGUUGAGGAUGGGCCGGAGAAACACGCCGGGGUUUUGUACGGCUUGGAGGUUUUUUGA